CUUGCUUUCCCUCAUCCCAAACAUAACAAAAAGAUCUUUAAUUCACUUUUAGAUCUAUCAACACCAUGGCUUCUUUCAAGUGCUUUAUCUUUGCUGCAUUCUGGAUCGCUUUGUCAUUUUCAAGCAUGGACGUUGGGUUAGCUGCUCGUCAUCUUCAGCAAUUACCAACUAUACCUUCAGUGCCAAAUUUGCCAAAGCCUUCAUUACCACCAUUGCCUAGCGGUGUCCCAACUCUGCCACAGCCCACAUUGCCCACAAACCCAUCUCUACCUCAACCUGCACUACCUUCACUUCCUGGCUUGCCUAGUGUUCCUAGGGUUGCCUUGCCUCCAUUGCCAAGCUUCCCUUCAAUCCCCACUAUCCCAAUUACAAUUCCCUCAAUCCCAAUCCCAUUCCUUUCUCCACCACCUGGCAACUAAAUACUUUGGAUUAAAUUGUGGAAGGAGAUUGGAAACUUGGAUCAUAUAUAUUACAAGACUGCUGUUACAUCCCUUUGCUGUGUUUCUGUGGAGUUAUUUGUGACUUUGUUAGCUGUUCAUUGUCAUUUAAUUAUGUUAUGGGUUUGUGCGAUAUUAUUAUAGCAGGUUGUUAUGAUGAAAGCUUUUAUGAUUGUACUUAUUUCAUGCUUCAAUGAUUAUUACUAGCAA